AUGGGUAGAAGUAAGGUCAAGUAUUCCUACAUUCUCAAUCACACCCUGAGAAGAAACACGUUAAGAAAGAGAAGAUUAUGUGUUGCGAAAAAACUAUAUGAACUCACCACUCUAUGUGACGUUGAAGCAUGUACCGUAAUCUAUAGUGAAAUUGAUUCCGAACCUUUUGUUUGGCCCUCUAUAGAUGAAGUACGGAGACUUAUCACUAAGUACCAUACGUUUUCAAAGGCCGAACGGGGAAAACGGAAGGUCAAUCAAGAGACGUUCACGAGGCAGAGGUUAGGAAAGACAGAAGAGAUGCUGAGAAGACAGCAAAGAGAGAACCGUCGCAACCAAAUGACGUACAUCAUGUACCAAUCCAUGAUAAAUCCACAAACAGCCAUGUCAAGGCUGAAUGUGGAUGAUUUUGUAGAGCUGGAUAGAGUUACUGGCCAGAACCUAGAGGAGGUUACAAGGAUGAUGGCCACUUUCAAUCCACCUCCCCCUCCUCCUCAGUUUGGCGCCGACGGGAGUGGAGUCGUCGGUGGAAGCCAAGAUGAGUUUAUGCCUCCAAAUUAUGGGGGAUUUGACUCAUUAGUGGCGCCACAAUUACAUGCCAUAUCAUCAUGCUCCUCCUCCUCCUUUCAUGGAGUUUGCGCCUCCCAAUUACAUGGGAUUUCAGCCUCCAGUUAUGGAUUUCCCAACAGGCCAAUAUGGGAUUUCCAUAUGACAUGCAUUUCAUGGAUCCCCCCAACAUGGGAUUUCAGCCGCAAAAUGCAGGCCUGCCUUACAUGGAUCCCAACAUGGGAAUCCCAGACCAGACCGAUCUGCCCCCAUUCCCUUAAUUACGCAGACAUGGCUCCAGAAUACCCAUUCUCCAAUUUCCAUUUUCUUUUUGUCCCAAUGUAA